CUUUCUCUGCCUGGGCGCUGUGAGUAGUCGGAGCUGGAGCGGGUUUUGGAGCUCAAGCUGUGAGUAAGCUGGGGCCCCCGAGUCGGAGCCCGGAGCCAGAACGGCGGCCGAGGCGGCUUCAGAUUUCUCUCAUCUCGUCACCCUUUGCCAUCCCUCUCUCUUGCCCCCUCCCAUAUAUAUACGUGCGUGUAGCCCACCCACCCAGCCGAGAAGGCCGCUCCUCGUACGGAGGCUCCCGGCAGCGCCUGUUCCCCAUGGAUCCCCGGGGCCGCCUCCGCGGCAGGACAGACUUCCCGCUGUGCAGGAGGAAACGCACUUUGAGUAAUGGAAAGUCACUUCUACCAACCAUUGUAACUCCAUCCAGAGCUGCUGGUGACAUCUUAAAUCUCUAGUGCAAAGUACUUACUCUUAUUCCUUCAAACAUUUAUUGAAUGCUUACUAUGUGCAAAGUGCUGUGGAGAAUACAUAGAUGAAUCAGGCAAAUUUCUGAACCUCACAUGAAGAACUGGCCAUAACUUUUUCAAAAUGCAAAUGACAGACACCUUUUUAAAUGCCUAGUUAAUUUUGUUCUCUUCCUACCAAGUAUGGAUGAGAGUGGCAGCUUGGUGUAAGUGAAUAUUGUCAGAGUUGGAGUCAGGAAGAUCUGGGUUCAAAUUCUGCUUCUGAAAAUCACCUCUGUGACCAUGAGAAAGUGACUUAACUUGAGCCUUGAGCAACUCUGUAAAUUUUAGAUAUAGGACACAAUGUUUGCAAGAGGAAUAAAGAGAAAAUGUUUUGAUGGUGAAGAAGAUAUUGAAGGAACCCUGGCUGGUUUUAAGUCUGUUCCCUCAUAUAAUCUUCAGCGGCAAUCACUUUUAGACAUGUCUUUGGUAAAGCUUCAGUUGUGCCACAUGCUUGUUGAACCUAAUCUGUGUCGAUCGGUUCUUAUAGCAAAUACUGUAAGACAAAUUCAAGAAGAAAUGACCCAGGAUGGAACUUGGCAAGUGAUAAAUGCUCAGAAUGCAGGACAGGCUUCUCUUGAUCGCCUAGUAUCAUCAGAUAUCCUUUGUCGUUCAACAAAAGAACAGGGUGAAGGGAAACUUAUUCCAAGUUAUAGUAGUUUCUCAAAAGACUUUGAAGAUAUCCAGUCCCAAGAUAUUAUUUCUGACCUGUCCACGGUUGCAUCAGUACAAGCUCCAAGAAAUCCUCAAAGUAAUGUUUGGGAAAUGGAGAACCCUCAAGAAAAUAGGGCAAACUUUCAGAAGUCACUAGAUCAAAUAUUUGAAACAUUGGAGAACAAAAAUCCUAAUUCUGUAGAAGACUUGUUUUCAGAUGUUGACAAUUCUUACUAUGAUCUUGAUACAGUAUUAACAGGAAUGAUGAGCAACACAAAAAUGGGACAUUGUGAUGUGCUUGAGAGCUUUUCAUCUCAAACAUCCACAAAUUCUAACUCAAAUUGUAAAUCUGAUAUAAAUGAGCUUGACCAUAUUGUGGAAAUCCUUGUUGAAUCUUGAAAUGGUUAAAUACAAAGCAUGAUUCUUUGAAGAAGUCGAGAACGUUUGAAAAAACAUGCCUUCAAAUAGUUUACUAUCAAAUGAAUAUGUAAUCUACAUAAAAGCUAAAAAGCACUUCAUUUUGUGAAAUAGUGUUAUCUUUAAAGCUAACAUGCUACUUGCCUUUUGACAAUUUUGGUUUGUUCACUGAAAUUUAAAUAUAUACUCUAAUAAAUAGUUGCAGGGUAUGAAGCUUAGUGUACUUAAACUUUUACUUCCUCAAGGCAGAGGGGAGACUGGUACAAUGGGUUCUUGACUUCUCAUUUAACAUUUUUUUCAGGGCCUAUACAUAAACUCCCAGUUGCCCUGAUUCCUUUACCUUCCCUCUUUCUUUUUCAGCUACAGUCACCAUCCUUCAACUUUAUUAGUCUAGAUAGAUUUUUUUUAUUAGUUUUGUAUGUUUUGGGCAAUAUUUUGCCUCUUAAAAAUAUAUUUUGAAAUUUUUUAUAUUUUCAUCAGUGUUUAGAUUUUCCAGCUAUUUUCCUAAAAGUAUAUUUUUACUAUAAAUGUCCUUUCUGCUGCUACUUCAGUAAAUUUUUCAUAGCAUAAACACUUGGAAUUGGUGUUUUUCUGUUAAAAUUUUAAAAGGAUUUUCAUUUUUCAGAAUGAACUAUAUUAUAUAGUUCAGUAAACUGUAAAUAUACAACAUGCUUUAAAAUGUAAGAGCUGUUUUCAUAAUCAUGUAGUUCUUUAUCAAAGUUGAAAAACUUGUAUUGCUUUUUAUACUUGAGCAUUGUUAGAAGGAAAAAAAUACUGAUCCGUAGAUACAGUUCUAUUAAAGCCAUGUUUCAUGUUAAUUCUGAAUAUAAAUUAUGUAGGGUUUUAUUUAUGUAUAUUUAUAUGUAAAUGUCAUCACAGUGAAUUGUCUAUCAUUGAAGUCUAGGGUCAAAUUUAUGUGGGAAAACUCUUGCACUAAUUACUAAGUAAAGUGUUAUUGGGGCCUUUGAA